AUGCCGUCUCCGUUCUUGACCCCCGGAACAUUUGCGCACGCCGACGAUGUCGCGCUUUUGCAUCUGCGCCGCGACCAGACUAUCCCGACGAUCCUCCGCGCUACAGACGACCAGAACCUGGGCUAUAAAGAAGGCAAGGUCUCGAAUACUCGUUUCGGCUCGUUCCCGCACAGCACUUUGAUCAAUCAGCCAUGGGGCUCUCAAAUCAUCGCCUCCAAGGUCGAUACUGGUUCCCGAGGCCGCAAGCCCAGCAACAAGCGCAAAGCUGAGGAGCUCGAAGCAUCGGGCACCACGACAGGCGCAGAGGAGGACAGUUCUUCCUUGAAGAAACCUGAGGCCGCCUCAAGUGGUUUCCUCCACCUCAUGUCGUCUACACUCCCGAUUACAGCUAUAUCCUCCAUCGACUUCGCGCGUGCCGGUGGUACGGUCAUCGAAGCCGGAGCUGGCAGUGGCUCGUUCACGCAUGCGGCAGUUCGCGCCGUGUUCAAUGGAUACCCCAACGAAGAGUCUGCGACUAAGAAGCGGAGGUUAGGCAAGGUGUGCAGUUUCGAGUUCCACGAGCAAAGAGCGGCCCGGGUCAAGGAGGAGAUCACAGAACACGGCCUAGAUGGACUAGUGGAGGUAACACAUCGCGAUGUUUACGAGGAUGGUUUCUUGCUGGGCGACCCCAAGACCGGCCGGUCACCCAAAGCGAGUGCCAUCUUCUUGGACUUGCCUGCUCCAUGGCUUGCUUUGAAACACCUGGUUCGUAAGCCGGUUUCUGGAAGUGAAUCUCCCCUUGAUCCCUCCUCGACCGCCUACUUGUGCACAUUCUCCCCGUGCUUGGAGCAAGUCGAACGCACCAUCCGCCUGAUGCGCCAGCUCGGAUGGCUGGAUAUUUCCAUGGUCGAGGUCAAUCACAACCGAAUCGAUGUGAAGCGAGACCGUAUCGGACUAGAUUGUGAAGGUGUACGUGGAGCCACUGUUCAUCCCAAGUCAGUAGACGAGGCCAUGACCAAGCUUCGAAGCGACGAAGAACGAGCAAAGAAGCUGCGACUAGCCCAUGCUGAAGGCACUCGGGUAGACACUUCUAUCUUGGAAGAACUUGCCAAUAGCCCCAAGGAGCAACCCGCCAUUACAUAUAAUUUGGGUCGACUGGUGCAUCGGACAGAGCCGGAGAUCAAGACGCAUACCUCUUACUUGGUAUUCGCCAUCCUUCCUCGAGAUUGGUCUGAGGAAGACGAACAGAAAUGCCGACAAAAGUGGCCUUCAGAUAAGCUAGAGGCGGAAACGAAGGAGGUACCCAAGAGCCGGAAGCAGCAGAAGAAGGAGUUCAAGGAGCUGCGUCUUCGAGAAAUAAAAGAAGAGGAAGACCAGAAAAAACAGCAAUCGACGGAGAGCAGCGAGGCAUGA